GUGCUUCGAUCCAAUACUGGUUGGUAUCAUGUAAGGUUGCGACAAGGGCCAGCUCAUCACUCCCGCGAGACUCAUCAACUUCCCAAAGCUCCAUAGGGCUUGUUCGGUCGAAAAACACUAACGCAAGAAGAGGGCAAAUGAGACCCUCUCAAGUCCAAAUAGACUUUGGUACACCGCCCGGAACGCCUCCACGCACAUCUUCUGAAUUUGAAGAAAUUCCAUAUCCUGUCACGCAUCCAUCUUACUUUAAAACCGUUCACAGCUACAAACACGAGGAAUCAUUGCCAUUGCAUCACAUGAACGAGGAUACAUCCACAAGGCGGAGGGUGGCUAGAGGACCCGGAAGCAGCGGUGGGUUUAUGAGCGGUGAUGAGCAUGAAAGUGAAAUGCACUACGACGACGACGGAAAGGAUGUAUACUCAAAACCAAGUCCUGCCAGGAGCCGUGUCAGCAGCGGGCGUGUCCACAGGCCUCCUCCUCCGCCUCCAACUUCGAUAAGUGAAUUCAUAUCUCAGAACCUAGAGCAUCUCCCACCUGUCAUCUACACUCUGCUCUCAUGUUGGACCCGCUUCCACAAAAUAGGCCAUGCCAACACUGUUGUUUGGGAUGAAGCGCAUUUUGGCAAAUUCGGGUCCCAUUACCUCAAACGCGAGUUUUACUUCGAUGUCCACCCUCCGCUCGGCAAGAUGCUCGUCGGCCUUGCAGGUUUACUAUCGGGUUACAACGGAAACUUCGAAUUCAAAAGCGGAGUGGUGUACGAUGAAAGUGUCCCAUACGUGGCCAUGCGGGUUAUGAUGGCGACGUUCGGGGUGGCUUUGGUUCCGUUAGGGUGGUAUACUGCAGUCGAAUUGGGAAUGAGCUCAUGGUCUUGUCAUCUGGUUGCGCUCAUGGUUUUGUGCGAUGUUGCCUGGUUGGCUAUAUCGCGGUUCAUUCUACUGGAUUCCAUGCUCCUGUUUUUCACUUUCACAACAGUUUUUUUGCUCACCAAAUUUCACAACCAACAAUAUCAGUCAUUCUCUUUCGAUUGGUGGAUGUGGCUUGCAUUUACAGGUAUUUCCAUCGGCUGUGUGACCAGUGUGAAAUGGAUUGGAUUAUUCGUGACUGCUGUGGUUGGCUUGUACACCAUCGAAGAUCUUUGGGAGAAAUUUGGCGAUCUUCGCAUGACCAAUCGAGAUCAAAUUCGACACUGGGCAGCUCGCGUGCUCUGCCUAAUUAUCCUCCCGAUCCUGGUGUAUAUGUUAUCCUUCAAGCUGCAUUUCAUGAUCCUAAACCAUUCGGGUCCUGGCGACUCUACGAUGAGUUCGUUAUUCCAAGCCCACUUAGAAAUUGCGUUUGGCUCAAGAGUUACUUUGAAAGGCAUGGGCUGGGGCGGAGGUCUCCUGCACUCCCACGUUCAAACCUAUCCCGUUGGUUCAGGCCAGCAGCAGGUUACUUGCUAUCACUACAAAGAUGAUAACAACCAUUGGACUAUCCUUCCCACUUGGGAAGCGCCUGAAUACAAUCCAAACGGCGAGUUACAGUUCCUCCAGGAUGGUGAUGUUAUUCGCUUGCAGCAUGUACCGACAACACGACACUUGCACUCGCACACAGUAGCAGCACCCGUGACGAAGCUUAACAACGAAGUCUCUGGCUAUGGUAACUCGACCGUCGUCGAUGAUAUCAAGCAGGGCCCCAGAGAGCACGUGACGAAAAUCCAUUCACUCACAACGAGAUUGAGGUUCAAACACCAGGCUCUAGGAUGCUAUCUGUACGCUGCGAAUGCAGUCUUACCUCAAUGGGGCUUUAAACAGCUUGAGGUCAGCUGCACCAAGGAGGACAACCCAGAUGACAUGCACACAUACUGGAACGUGGAGAGUCACUGGAACGACCGCUUGCCUCUUGGUGAUGCGAAAUUUUACAAGUCCCCAUUCCUCCGUGAUUUCUGGCAUCUCAAUGUGGCCAUGAUGACUUCCAACAAUGCACUUAUCCCCGAUCCAGACAAGGAGGAUAUCCUUGCGUCAGCUCCCACUGACUGGCCUUGGAUGCGGCUAGGCCUCAGGAUGUGUGGCUGGGGCGAUAAUCAAACAAAGUACUACCUUCUUGGCACGCCUGUAAUCUGGUGGGGCGGUACAGUCAGCCUGAUAGUCUUUGUUAUUGUCCUUGGCAUCUACUUAUUCCGCCACCAACGCAAGUACAUUGAUAUGACUCUUCAACAAUGGAAUCAUUUCUUGUAUGUCGGAAAGAUCGCCGGUUAUGGAUGGUUCCUGCAUUACGUCCCGUUCUUUAUCAUGGGCCGUGUCACAUAUGUUCAUCACUAUCUUCCCACUCUUUACUUUUCCGUUCUCAUGUUCGCACACCUUCUUGACCAUUUCAUUUUCUCAGCACGCUGGAAAGACAGCACAAAGCGUGUCGCUUUCGGUAUUUGCGCAUUCUUGAUCGUCGGAAAUUUCUGGUGGUUCAGGGGAAUGGCAUGGGGCAUUGAUGGACCAAUCAACGACCACUGGGGCCUCCUGUGGCGUAAAACUUGGAAUAUAUAUAAUGCAUAGGUUCUCAGGCGGACUCUGUAUAUCGACAGUGCCUGCCCAGUGAGAGGCUUGAUGCGUUUGCUAUUAUGUCCAAUAGAACAUCUCAAUUUCGCUAGUUUCAUUCGUGAAGUAUCGAAGCCCAGUGGCUAUUAAUGAUACUGGCCAGUGCUACUGCGUUCAAAUGACUUUGGGGCAGAGGCUUGCUAUGGACCUCGCACCACCAAAGUGGACCAAUGUUUCCCUAGGCGGGCGCCACUCACAUGGCACGCGCGACAGCUCUCACCAGCAAUCGACGUGAUAAGAUUACCGCUAGACAAAGUCAGGGAUCAUCGAUCACUGUUGAGUGCCUACACACCAAAACUUCAGGAUAUGUACAACAAUAAAGUAUGGAGUCAUCGUAUGUGACUAGGAUCACACCAUGCUAAGUACUAGUCAAUAUUUAUUACUCUGCAGGCGGCCGAUUAGGAAUUAUUCCUUGACAAUGGUGUGGAUUGUGGCU